AUGAAUGUAGGUCAAGCCCCGACAACAACCUAUGACCGUUUCCCGCCAUACCAGAUUACAAAUCAAGCUCCCUACCGAACGGCACCUACUGUGUCUGCUCUUUACACUACAGGAGAUAAGCGAAGGGACAGAUUUCAAGGUCGGCAGGAUGGAGGUAAACGCAAUAAAGAGCCGAGUGAACAAGUCGAUUUCCAAAACCCAAAAAGGGCUCGACCAGAAGAAGUCUUUACCUCGAUCAACUCAACUUACGAACAUGUCUUCAUGACUGAAAAACAGAUGAUUCCAAAGCCAAGCAGCCAAAAGCUCUCUCAAUUGGUCGACAAAGAUACCGAAGUAUUCUGCUGCUACCACCAAUACAAUGGCCACAAUACCGAAUCAUGCAUCGCCCUCUGA